AAGUUCGAAACAGAUUUGCUGGCGACGUCGGCGAUUUUCACAGUUGGUCUUGUUCUGCUGGAGAAGUGCAACGUUCGUGUAGUUAUUUCUAUUGAAAAAAUUGAACAUCAAAUAAAGCCAAAAUGUCGAACUUGAAGUGCUUCGAUGAUGAGGAUAGCGAAAGCAAAUAUGGCCGCGUUUUCGCCGUGUCCGGUCCUGUCGUCACAGCCGAACGCAUGGCUGGUUCUGCUAUGUACGAGUUGGUGCGCGUAGGUUACUUCGAAUUGGUAGGUGAGAUUAUUCGUCUGGAAGGUGACAUGGCCACCAUCCAAGUAUACGAAGAAACAUCCGGUGUAACUGUUGGUGAUCCAGUGUUGCGUACAGGCAAACCCUUGUCUGUCGAAUUGGGUCCCGGUAUUAUGGGUAGCAUUUUUGACGGUAUCCAGCGUCCAUUGAAGGACAUUAACGAAUUGACCGAAUCCAUCUAUAUACCCAAGGGUGUGAACGUACCCAGCUUGUCGCGUACGCAAGCAUGGGAAUUCAAUCCUCUCAACGUUAAAGUCGGUUCACACAUCACCGGAGGUGAUCUUUACGGUAUUGUGCACGAAAACACAUUGGUCAAACACAAGAUGAUCGUUAAUCCUCGCACCAAGGGUACUGUACGCUACAUUGCUCCAGCGGGCAAUUACAUUGUUGAUGAUAUUGUUUUGGAAACUGAAUUCGAUGGUGAGAUCACUAAGCAUACUAUGUUGCAAGUGUGGCCUGUGCGUCAGCCACGUCCAGUCACUGAGAAAUUGCCCGCCAACCACCCAUUGUUGACUGGCCAGCGUGUGUUGGACUCGCUUUUCCCUUGUGUACAAGGUGGUACCACCGCCAUUCCCGGAGCUUUCGGUUGUGGCAAAACUGUCAUCUCACAGUCUUUGUCCAAAUACUCCAACUCUGAUGUCAUUGUUUACGUCGGUUGCGGUGAGCGUGGUAACGAGAUGUCUGAAGUAUUGCGUGAUUUCCCCGAAUUGUCUGUUGAAAUUGAUGGUGUCACCGAGUCUAUCAUGAAACGUACCGCUUUGGUCGCUAACACCUCCAACAUGCCUGUCGCUGCUCGUGAAGCUUCUAUUUACACUGGUAUCACACUCUCUGAAUACUUCCGUGAUAUGGGUUACAACGUAUCUAUGAUGGCUGAUUCUACCUCCCGUUGGGCUGAGGCUCUUCGUGAAAUUUCAGGUCGUUUGGCUGAAAUGCCUGCCGAUUCUGGCUACCCAGCCUAUUUGGGUGCACGUCUUGCCUCCUUCUACGAGCGAGCUGGUCGCGUUAAGUGUUUGGGUAAUCCGGAACGCGAAGGCUCGGUGUCUAUUGUCGGUGCUGUAUCGCCCCCUGGUGGUGAUUUCUCCGAUCCUGUCACCUCUGCCACUUUGGGUAUCGUACAAGUGUUCUGGGGUUUGGAUAAGAAAUUGGCCCAACGUAAGCAUUUCCCCUCGAUCAAUUGGUUGAUAUCAUACUCGAAAUACAUGCGUGCUUUGGACGACUUCUAUGAGAAGAACUUUGCGGAAUUCGUGCCAUUGCGUACUAAGGUCAAGGAAAUUCUGCAAGAAGAAGAGGAUCUGUCUGAAAUUGUACAGUUGGUCGGUAAAGCUUCGCUGGCCGAAACCGAUAAGAUUACACUUGAGGUGGCGAAAUUGUUGAAGGAUGAUUUCUUGCAGCAGAACUCCUACUCCUCAUACGAUCGUUUCUGCCCCUUCUACAAAACAGUGGGUAUGUUGAGAAACAUAAUUACCUUCUACGACUUGGCCCGCCACUCUGUCGAAUCGACGGCGCAGUCCGAGAACAAGAUCACAUGGAACGUUAUCCGCGAAGCUAUGGGCAACAUUAUGUACCAGCUGUCCUCAAUGAAAUUCAAGGAUCCCGUGAAAGAUGGUGAGGCCAAGAUCAAGGCCGAUUUCGAACAGCUGUAUGAAGAUCUGAACCAAGCCUUCAGAAAUUUGGAGGAUUAGGCUUCUUAAGCCAUUCUACACAAAUUUGCUUUAAUUUUAAAUUAAAACUUAAAGACAAGGAGCCUAUCAUAAUGUUAUAUAGAUUAAUUAAUCGAAAAUCGUGUAAAUGUGUCAUUCCAAACAGUAAUGAAGCAGCAUCAAAAGUGGCACAAAAUAUUCCUUUAUAAAAACAAAAUCAUGCAUUCCACAUUUUAUGUGUUAAAAAAAGCAGAAUUAAAACGCUAGCUAUACCAUCGUUUUUCGAUGAAAAUGUAAAACCCAAAAACAUUCCCAACACGUUGGUGUUUAUACAGUAUAUUAAGUGAAAAAUAAAUUGUUAAUUCCAGGCAACAAAGUUAAAAUACACACGAACGUCCUAAUAUGUACUUGUAAUAUUAUUGUUAACAUUUGUAUUUCUUUUUUGGAAUAUGUACUAUGUGCAUUUAUUGUUUACACGCACACUUAUAUACAAGCAGAAGAUAUACAAGUAUAAUGGAUAUUUGUUACCCGCAAAAAUGCACAUUCGAUUUACAGUAUACAUAUAAAUGCUAAACAAGCGGAUUAAAUACCAGCUUACAUACACAUAUUUGCAUACCCGUAGUAUUAUUUGUUUAAAUGAAUUUCUUGUUUGUCAAAAUCUAAAUGUAUUGUUUUCGCUGCUAAAAGCUUACGUUUCGUUUGUUGAAUGUAAUGUAAAUAAUUUACCUUAUUGAAAAUGUAUUGUGAAAAGUGCAUUCUAAAAUAAAAACUUGCAGCCUCUAGCUAUAUUUUACAGUA